UGCGAGAUUAAAUUGGGUUUAAAUAAUAGUGAAAUCGUCGUCUAUACAUAAGUUAUAAGUAUAUAACCGACUAGAUAUUCCUGAUGCGAGUGUCUACUAAAUAUAAAAUUAUAUAAAAAAUAGCAAUGAAUGUGGCCAAAAAGUCCAGUGAAACUCGAAAAAGGGGUUAUUUUAUAUACUUUGCUGCUUUUGCAACCUCUCUGACAGCCUACUCGACAGGAGCAGGAGCAGUCUGGACCUCACCAAUCCUCCCAAAGUUCCAAUCAGCUGAUCCAGAAAUCAACCCUAUAGGCAGGCCGAUCACCACCUCCGAAUCAGCAUGGAUCGUAUCAGCGAGCAGCUUGGGAAUGACUUUUGGCCCAAUACUUUCCAUAAUAUUCUCCAAGAAGUUCCCUAAGAAAACCCUACUUAUAAUGGACAUGGUGCCGAUAUUCUUUUCACAUACCAUAUUUGCUUUUGCAAAUGCCCCUUAUAUGUUCAUUAUCGGUAGGUUCUUGUCGGGACUUGGUACCGGAGCCAUUUGGGCCAUUCUGGGCUCUUACAUAGCGGAAAUAUCCGAACAACGUUUCCGGGGGAUUUUAUGUAGUGUUCCCGGGGUGACUUCCUGCUUUGGAAGUCUUGUAGUAUAUGUUAUUGGGCCUUACAUGUCAAUGACUUACUUCAGCUUGGUGAACGUGGUGCCGAUAGUCUUGUUUUUUAUCUGUUUUGGGUUCUUUGUCCCGAAUAGUCCUUAUGACUUGGUGAUUCAAAAACAGCCCGGAAAGGCCGAAAAGAGCUUGAAAAAGUUUAGAAGUAACGAGAGCGUUUCUAAGGAGCUUUUGUUUGUUGAAGACUACAUUAGUAAUUCUUCUCAAGACACUGCUGGGGUAAGCUUUGGAAACAUGUUGAAAGAUCGGAGUUUGCGUAAAGGGUUAUUUAUUUGCAUGACCCUGAUGGCUUUGCAACAGUUCUCUGGGUUCUUAAUAGUCUUUUCUUAUGCUGAGCUUAUUUUUACUCUUGCUGGGGAUUUUAUACCCUCAAGCAUCUCAGCUAUUAUUGUAAGCAUCACGGCCUUUAUAGGCAAUCUUUUGUCUAUAAGUUUGAUCGAUAAAAUGGGUCGGAAGCCCUUAUUAGCCAUUUCGACCAUUUUACAAUGUAUUUGCUUAUUUACUUUGGGCUUGUACUUCUUCCUUUUGGAGACCGGACGGGAUGUUUCAAACAUCGGAUGGCUUCCGGUGGCCUCUGUGAUGAUGACAAUGUUCGGUUUCAAUUUGGCUUUGGGGAUUGUCCCUUGGGUGAUUACCGGGGAGGUUUUUCACUCCAGCGUUAAACCCUUUGCGACCACUGUGACCUCUUUGACAAAUUUUUCUCUAGGGUUUGUUCUCACUUUGUGUUUUCCAUAUUUGAUUCAGAUUAUAGGGUUGGCCUGGACUUUUUGGAUAUUUGCCGCGGGUACGGCGCUUACGACCGUUUUUACUAUUUUUGUUUUACCAGAGACUAAAGGAAAGAAUUUUAAGGAAAUAUUGGAGAUUUUAAAGAAAUAAUUAGAAGUAUAAUAAUUAUUGGUGGUUAUGAGUCUCUCGAAUAUUGGUUUUAUUGGCCUACUUUAUAAUAAAUUGCAGAUAACACUAAUUGUAAUAGAAUAAAGGAAUUAUUCCAAUA